UUAUGUGGUCUUAAACGGGAGGGAGGGGAGGCCUAAUAUAUUUUGAUAUUUAUCAGCGACUUGACUGAGUUUUGUUUAGGCGCUGCAGACUUUGCAGCAACGCAACUAAAAAUGCCGCCUGGCAGAAGCAGGACUCCCCGUAGAUUGCUUUCUUUGAACGAAAAAAGUGAAGUUAUCCAGGUGCAGGAGAAGGAGAAACUGUCCGUUCGGGAUCUUGCCAGAAGAUUUAAUAUAGGCAAAACACAAGCAGCUGGAAUUUUGAAGAACAAAGGGCAAAUCGAUACUAAAUUGAAAUCAGGAGUCAAUGGCCAUCAGAAGAAGAACUGUCUGAGCCUACAGGGCUCCCACAUUGAUGAUUUGUGCUUCAGCUGGUUCACCAGGGCCAGAAGCGAGAACAUUCGCUUGUCUGGACAGGAGGUAAGGACAAAGGCGCGAGAAAUAGCCCAACAUCUGGGAUACACUGGCUUCUCGGCCUCAGACGGUUGGCUGCAGAAGUGGCGCAAACGACACAACAUAACCUUCCACCCAAAACGCGAAACACUGGACGUGCAGCAGUUUGAGGCCAUCCUGGUGAAAUCCGAGCCCAUAAUGGAUGAUGAGGAGGAUACUGUGAUUUCCCCAUUCGAUGCACCUGAAUUUAUUCACAAUCCGAUAACAACCUUUGACGAGGCAAUGACGCAGAUAGCUCGCUUGAAGGAGUUUGCCAAAGACGAUUAUGUAUCAUAUCAACAGCUAAGCAGCUUGGAGAACCAGUGGACUUGGAAGAGGAACAACUUGAAAACGGAACACAUCCCUUAACCAAAAUGAACUGAUUAUUCUGAUACCAUUAGUAUUCAUGCAUCUACGAUUACCUUUGUUAGCGUACUAUUUUGCUUACUUUAUUAAUUAAACCGAACUGACUCAAAGUGAUUAUGUUACAUUUGUAAAUACACGUAAACUUGUUUUAAACAA